CAAGGCCUUGGCGCCCUUCCAGCUGGAGAAGGGAGGGAAGCAGUCCUUAAAAUAGCAAGCUCUGCCUGCCCGGGCGUCCCAGGCCCGAACAAUGGGGCGCUGCGAAGGGGGUGGGGGUGCGGACUUGAUUGACAGCCGGCUUGUCCUCCGAAGGCGCGGCGGCUUAUAUAGAGGCUGGAGGUGGGGAAGGCAGAGCUAGAGAGACAGAGACAAGCCGGGAGGGAGGCUGGGUGCGGGUGAGAGGGAGUCACAGAGCCAGGCGCAGCGGGAAGGCGGAUCCCUGGAUCUCCUAGCCAGGCGAUCUCCUCCGGCCAGCCUCUUCUCUCUCUUUUUGGCUAGAGCUGCCAGCCUCCGCCUACCGCCCCCCCCCAGUUCCGGCCAAACUCCGUUCCCCUUCCCCGGCGCGCUUCGUUUUCCUCCGCCCUCCUCGCCGCGCUUUCCUCGGGGACUCCUCGCUCGGCGCUCCAGCCAUGCACUGCCAAGCCGAAGCCCGGCUGGCUCCCCCGGGGCCGCUGAAAGCAGCCAGGCGGCGCUACAAGACUUUCAUGAUCGACGAGAUCCUGUCCAAGGAGACGUGUGAUUACUUCGAGAAGCUCUCGCUCUACUCCGUCUGCCCGGCGUCGCUCAUCGUCCGGCCAAAACCCCUCCACUCCUGCUCCGGCUCCCCUUCUCUGAGGGCCUAUCCUCUCAUCUCUGUCAUCACCAGGCAGCCCUCGGCCGUCUCCCACUUCAUCCCUGCCGCCAGCACUUCCCGCAUCCUCUCGCCACACCCCACACCGGGGAGCACCUGCUCAGAGACCCAGGCCAGCGAGACCCACGGGAGCAGCGAGUCGGAGGCGGAGCAGUCCGCGCCCCGCUUGAAGAAGCCUCGCCGUAGCCGCACCAUCUUCACGGAGCUGCAACUCAUGGGGCUGGAGAAGAAGUUCCAGAAGCAGAAGUACCUCUCCACUCCAGACAGGCUGGAUCUGGCUCAGUCCCUGGGCCUAACUCAACUUCAGGUGAAGACUUGGUACCAGAAUCGCAGGAUGAAGUGGAAGAAAAUGGUCCUGAAAGGUGGGCAGGAGGCCCCCACAAAACCCAAAGGCCGCCCCAAGAAAAACUCCAUUCCCAGUUCCGAAGAGAUCGAAGCGGAGGAGAAGAUGAACAGCCAAGCUCACCAGCCGGCUUUGGAGGAAAGCCAGGCCACGGAAGAGUGUGGGUUGACCGGGGAGCCAUUGGAUGCCCCUUCAGAGACAGAGGAAUCUCCUAAAAACACAACUGAAACCCCUCUGGGAGAAACUGCAUCAAGUUAAGAGAGAGGGAGAGAGAGAAAAAACAAACUCCCCACACUUCCCAAAAGGACAAUGUACAAACUGGAGGCGUGCACACUUGGUACCUUAUGAAAUCAAACAGUAUGGGUGGGUCGCUGUGGAGCAAAGAGACCCCAUGUAGGCAGCAGCGACAGUUUCCUUCUUUCCAAUGCAGUGUGUACACCCUCCCCACAGAUAGUGGGGCCUGAGCUCUCCUCCCAAAGAGACUGCAUGCUUGCAAAUCUGAGACUUUGGAAAUGCACAGGGAGCUGGGAGGAAGAGGCUCCUUAGCGAACAGCUGCCAGAAAAAAACUGUCCCUUUUCACCUUCCCCCUUAUUAUCCUCAUCUGUGAAAUGGGUUCAGAGCAGUGACUGCCAAACAAAACAAGAGGUCCUUUGUCGUCGUUCCAACAUAGCAUUCUUCUGCAACCAGUGCUUAAUUGGGAACGGGCCAAAGCAAAGGUGUUUUUAACAGGGGUGUUUGGGAAUCUGGGAUGUUUAUGUUCCAGCAUCACAAAGAUCAGAGGGGGGUGGGGUUUGAGGGAAACACAGGAGUAGAGGCCCGACUUCCUCAAGUCGCUCUCUGACUUGGAGGGCUUGGCAGCACCAGUGGCCAAGAGGGGCAAGACUGAAGUGGUGGCAGGGGGUGGGCAAGAGGCUAGGGCAGUGGCAAGAGUUGUGGAUGUAUUGGUUUGGUUCAUGGUGGAUGUGGAAGUUGCAUUGGCUGCGGCAGGGGCAAGCGGGUAGGCCUGCCUGUAGCCACCCAGAGCUCAGUGGUGGCAAUACAAACUUCUGGCGCACAUGGAAGGGAAAGUGGUAGCUCAGUGGUAGAGCAUCUGCUUUAAAGACAAAAGGCCCCGGGUUCGGUUCCUGACAGGAUCCAUGCAUGAAGCUCUGGAGUGCCACAGCCAGUUAGCGUAGGAAACCCUGAACUCAAUGAAGCAAUAUUCGAACUCUCGGUAGAAGAGUUCCUUGUUGAUGUCAGAAGAGAAGGCAUAUCUAAGGUCAGGUUGCCAUGUUUCCAAAAGUGAAAAUCCAGACACAAAAGUUGUUGCACUUUUAUUUUAUUUUAUUCUUUUUUCCCCAAAGUUGUUGAGCUAUUUUUUAGGAACGUCGCCCAAAAACCAACACUCUUGAUAUGGGCUGUCCCAGGUUUUCCCUGGACGUUUUUCCCCGAAAAUUCCGCCUGCAUGCCAUUUGUGACAGACGGAUCCCGGCUAUGUCCGGGAAAUUCCGGAAGUAUGCAGCCCUAAUCUAAGGACUUCAGAAGAGUCCUUGCUGGAUCAGGCCCGUGGGCCAUCUAGCCCAGCACCCUGUUCUCACAUUGGCCAACCAGAUGCCUGCAGGAAUCUUGCAAGCAGGGACAGACCACAACAGCACUCUCUCAACAGCAGAGCCAUUAUGGCUAGUAGCCAUCAAUAGCCCUCUCCUCCGCCAUGAAUUUGUUUAACCCUCUUCUAAAGCCAUCCAAGUUGGUGGCCAUCACUGCCUCCUGGGGGAGUGAGUAGUCAAGUCAAAGUUUAAUUGUUGUUGUGACCAUCUUGGUCGUUUUAUCCACCAAAAGGAAAUAAAAAUAUUCUGUGCCUACUGUACAGAAUAUGCAGAGAUACACCAUUAAAAUACAGGGAUCACCAAUUUAUACAAAUAUACCUUGAAAUGGACACCUACACAGAUACGUUUCUGUAUUACAGUGGUACCUCAGGUUACAUACGCUUCAGGUUACAGACACUGCUAACCCAAAAAUAGUACCUCAGGUUAAGAACUUU